AUGCCUCCAAAAAGCCCUUGGUGGGAUCACUUCUGGAGUGAGGAUGGAGUGCACUAUAAAGGAGACAAGACCCACCUAGCUACUUGGUGUCAGAAAUGCCUGGAAUUCCAGAUAGAACUUCUCUUUAAUGUGGAUGAUGUUGGCUUCACAACUGGUUUGGUUUCAUGCCUCCAGAAAGAUGAGGAACUCCAUAAAGCAGCCUGGAGAAAAAGAAAAAGAGAAGAAGAUAACCACGCUGCCUCAUCCUUCUUGGAGGCAUUUGGUCCAGAUCACCCAGCCCCUGGGAACCAACACAUGCAUCUCAACAAGUGUGGAGUUUCAAGGCAGUUGUCUAGCAUCUGUGGACCCAUGAAAAGGAAAGAGUACAACAUGCUGCACUUGAGAUAUGGAAAGUUACUGGAUACCACUUCAGGCCACAAGACACUGUUGUGGUGUUGUCAGGAUGAGGACAAGAAACAGAAACUGCAGCCAAGUCAAAGAGAAGGUGCCAAACACUGA